AUGGAGGAUAAAUGGGAGCGUGUAUGUGCGCUUGAGCGAGAACAUGUAGAUCUAUACACACAAUUGCUGCGAGUACUGGAUGAGCUACAUCUGGAGCGUUCGAAUAGCAACCAUAAAGUUAUUAUCAAAGAUGAACAGGAAAAUCUUAUGAAAGUGAGGCGACAGAUGCAGUGCGGCCUCGAAGAAAGUGCUGCCAUAUUAAGGACACUACAAAGGGUAAAUCAACUGGACAAAGACGGGGAGCGAUCAUUGGAAGACUUAGUAGCUGAGAGAUUAAACUCACUAAUGGAGAGACAUUAUAGCACAGAGACUGAAUGCAUGCAAAUAAUCAACGCAAGACUUGAUGUUUCUACAAAGAUUUUCGAUGAGCAGAAGAAAUUCAUGAAACUUCGAGAAGAAUUACAAGAACUAGAUAAACUAUACGGUGAUCAAGGAUUAGAUGCACCUGCAAAACCAGCCAAGACAGCCGAACAGGAACAGCUUGAAAGAGAAAACGAGACAUUGCGUGAAUUGCUCGUAGCACUCCAAGUUUACUCAGGCUCUGGAGUAGUAUUAUAA